CACCCGCAAUCGGACUAAUCGGAGUCAAGUGGGGCGGCACGCGGCUUAUCAGAUGCACUCGCACCGCGAAUCGAAAUCGCCCGAGGCGCCCUUUUCCGCCCUCGUCAUCGCCGUGACUGCCAACCGCAGUGCAUCGCUGUUUCACCGCGCAGCGCUCAUCUAGACAAUUCCCCAUCUGUAAACAUGUAUUCCUGUUAGACCUUUGAAACCGCACUGUAUAUACAUAUCCACCCUGCCUGCUCGUCGAGCGAGCGACAUCGGACACCACGCUUAGACGCGGCACGCCACACUUAGACAUUGACCAUGGAUCCCAAGAACGAGGCCCCGAGCGCUGAGGCUGAACUCGAGUCGUUUCGCCAGAGAUGGAGGGACGAAGUCUCGGCCCGGACCAAGGGCAAGGCGCCAGCACCUGCAGUGCCUGCAAGGACAGCUCCCUCGAGCAGCAAGCCUCAUGCACAGAAGGGCCCUGCGCCGGACGCAGCGUCCCACCCUCAUGCACGGCAGCACAGUGUAGAGGAAACAGAUGAGGUCACUCCCUAUGCCCACCAAGAUCUGGGCGAUAAGCAGCACGGUCGGAGGCUGGAUGAAACCAGCGCUCAGACUGCCGCCAUUGCCUCUGCAAGUAAAGAGCCAAAGACAGCUUUAGAUCAUUAUGAAAAGGCUGUAGAGCGCGAGACCCAGGGGAACCUGGGAGACAGUGUGCGGCUGUACCGGAAAGCCUUCAAGCUUGACGAUAGUGUGCAUGAGAAGUACAAGGCAAAGCACUUUCCUCCAUCUUUCUUCAAGAACAGACCCAAGCCGCAGCCACAGCCAAAAGAGACCAUCGCGUCUGCAGCAACACCAAAACCCCAGGACCGCAAUCCCUCCAAUGCGCCGGCAACAGUACCCAAUCCUGCCCACCACUCCCUACAUGGCCUCUCUCCUUCGCUGCAGACGCUACUUGCCGACUUCUCGACUCUCUCCAUCUCAGGGGAGCCGCCGCCAACAGAUCUCUCUCCAGCUCCGCCAUGUCCCAUAGCCGCUCUUCCGGAAGAAAUCCUGGUCCAGACACUCCAGCACCUCGCCGUGCAAGACCUCGCAGCAUUCGUCCGCCUGGCGCAAGUCUGCAAGCGCCUUGCCUACCUCGUCAGCACUGAAGACCAGAUAUGGAAACGCCUAGCUUUGGGCGAGGAAUACGGCUUCGCAGCCAUGCACUACUCCUUCACGUGCCAGAUCGACGGGCGCCCCCUCGGCGACGACGGCGAAGGCGGCUUCAUCCUGGGCAGCGACUCCGACACCGAAGACACCGCCCCCGCCCCCCUAAUCCCAUCCGCCAUAACACAGGCCCUUGUCCCCUCCCCCUACCCCUCCUACCGCACCCUCUUCCACCGCCGCCCCCGCAUCCGCUUCAACGGUUGCUACAUCAGCACCGUCAACUACCAGCGCUCCGGCGCCGCCAGCACCAUGAGCCUGACCUGGGGCUCGCCCAUCCACAUCGUGACGUACUACCGCUACCUGCGCUUCUUCCGCGACGGCACGUGCAUCUCGCUCGUCACCACCGCGGAACCCGCCGACGUCGUGCCGUACCUGCGCACCGAGCACAUGCACAAGAACCACGGCAACCUGCCGUCCGCGCCAAUGAAAGACGCGCUGCUGGGCCGCUGGCGGCUCACGGGCCCCGACGCGCCAAACUCUGACGCAGACGCUGGCGCAGACGGGGAUAAGGACGUGGUGGACGAGAAGGAAAAGGAAGGCACCCUCAUUAUUGAGACUGCGGGCGCUACGCCCAAGUACUUCAACAAGAUGCAGCUCAGUCUCAACAGCGCAGGCCGGCAGUCGAAGAAUAACAAGCUCACGUGGCAGGGGUACUGGAGCUACAACCGCUUGACGGACGACUGGGGUGUGUUUGGACUGAAGAAUGAUCGGCCGUUUUAUUGGAGUCGUGUUAAGAGCUACGGGUUGGGGUGGGGCGAGGGGGGAAGGAAGGAUGGGUAGUACCUUACUCUGUGUAUCAUACACGCAUAGUUUGCGUGUUUCUGUGAACUGUUAUACUUCACGAUCGUGCCAGCAGAUCGACAAAAAUCCAAGUGAUUGA